AUGUUUUGGACACGGAGCAGUACCACUUCUUCCAAGAAGACAAAAAAGAAAAACACCGACAAGACACACAGGAACGCACUCCUCCCUUGCAACCGCAUUCUGGAUAUCAAGGAACUCUGUGACCUCAUUUGCUCAUUCUUGCCACGCCGGGACGACAAUGGCAAGCUUAUCUACCUUUCCCUUGUCCUUGUCUGCCGGCACUGGCACAGUUACUUCACAUCGUACCAUGUGGAGGAGAUAUCAUUCAACCACAAGCCCUCGCGCAACAAGCUGACAAAACUCGUCAAAGUCCACGGUCACCUCAUUCGUCAAUUCUCCUGUGAAGCAGUAGACAAACCCUUGCUGAUGACGUUGGCAGAGUACUGCCCGUUCUUGGAAAAGGUCAAGUUGGAGUUAGGGAAGGGAGUGUUCUGGAUAGAGUAUGAAUAUUUGGAGAGGAUGUUUCGGACCUUGUCGCAGGCGCGGUUUCAAUGGAAUGGUCAGGAUCGGGAUCAGCUGCUGCAGCAAGAACAUGGGCAAGGACACGGACACGGACACGGAUACGGAUACGGACACGGACACGGACACGGACACGGACACGGACACGGACACGGACACGGACACGGACACGGACACGGACACGGACACGGACACGGACACGGACACGGACACGGACACGGACACGGACACGGACACGGACACGGACACGGACACGGACACGGACACGGACACGGACACGGACACGGACACGGACACGGACACGGACACGGACACGGAGAGAAAUCGGUGCAACAGAAACAGAGCCCAGGGGUAAUGGUUGCGCGGUUGAGGAAGGUAGAGAUCAAGAUUGACAUGGAAUACCUAAAACCCACCAUGCUCUGGAGCCUUUGUCACAUCUCCCAUUUGACGGACCUAAACAUUAAUGGCCGAGGGAUGAUCGGCCAGGAACGGUCGAGUUGGUACCUUGAGAUUUUGACACUUUCCUUGUUAGAGUGCUGUCCAGGCGUGGAGAGAUUCCGGAUUUGUUACUCGCCGCAGAGGAUGAUUUACCAUCCGUAUGGGAGAAAGAAUCGAUUUAAGGAAAGAGUGUGGGAGCCAAGGCAGGAUGGGAGGGCGCCGCCGUUGGUACCGAAGGAUGCUGUUGUGAGGCGUGAGGUUGUGUCGUCUUUUGGUCAGGGAGAGGAGAUUGGCUUGGGCGUGGAGGAUGAGAGGCAGGAGGGAUCGUCAUCGUCUGCAGCUGCAACAUAUAUGAGAUCAGGAUCAGGAACAGAGACAGGAGCAAGAGCAAGAGUGGACAAGGAUAUAGAAAGCAAGCCUUUCAUCCUUCGACAGCUGGAGCUACGAGGAACCUGCGCCGAGAUGGACACCCUCCUCCAUCUCUUCAAAAGAUGUCCGCUCCUACAACAAGUCUCACUCUUCAUGUCCUGGUCAGCACUCCAUUCUGACCACUGGCACGCCCUCUCGACCCACUCCCAACAAACACUCCGCGCCAUCCGUUUGAGCGCAUACACUUACCGCCAACUCGAAAUCGUUGAACUCAACAUCCCACACCUCUUCACCCUCUUCCCGCAACUUGAAAGCCUUCAUGUCACCGAAACACCACACCAACAUCUCAACCUUGCGGCUCUCGACUCUUCCCUUUCGAAAUUGGAACUCGAACAAGGACGGCCGCAUCCUUUGAGAACCUUUUGUGUAAUAGAGAAUUUUGACGAUGCGCUCGCCAGACUGGUCGACGUUGUGUCCUGUCCAUACUUAAAGUGCCUCGAGACAUUGAAGGUUGGGUGCUUCAACACGUCGCCCAUGUACCAAGUCUGGACGGAGACACCCGAGACCAGCCAUCAAGGGGCGCUCUAUGAUUUCACACGGUCGUGGGAGACGGUAGGGAGGACGCUGGUGCGACUGGAUGUGGAUGGAUUGCAUUUCCCGGAUAAGCAGGUCACGGCAAAGUUCUUUCGGAAGCUGGAAGGAUUCUGGUCUCUGAAGAUCUUGAGGGCGUCAGUUCACCACUUUCAGGACAUCAUCUCCACCAGCAGUUCUUACGGCAGCUCACCAUCAUUGUCACCCUCAGCAACAAUAAAUGGCGACACACAUUCCAGCAAACCAGCGAGCCUCCCGGUCGUCGACUAUUGCUUCCCCUUCAUCCAAGACCUACUCAUAAGAAACCAAAGCUACGAGAAGAUAUGGAAUGGAAGGUUCAAUGACCCAACGUUUUCUUCAGAGAAGGAGAUGCUCUCCCUCGACCAGACGCUGUUCCUCCUUGCAGCAACCCCAUCCCUCAAGAAUCUAUUACUUCAUUACCUGUCUGUCGGUGACGCGACUGCAGCGGUUGUUCGAAGCCGGUUUCGAGGUGUAUAUGUCGAUACCAAUCAUCAAGAGUACUGUUCCUGGUUCGAUGAAUAG